AGGUCUCUGUCAUCUUUUCAUUACGUCACGUGUUUAUAUAUGCAGCGUGGUGUAUAUACGACUACGUAAAUACACUCUGUUACAGCCACAGAGACGGUAUUGUUAUAUCUCUUAUUGAAAAUGACAAAAUUUCUGACGUUUGUCUUGGAAUUUCAUUAGAAAAUUACUUAUUGUUUAAAAAAAAACUUUUAAAGAUGGGAAGCUAUAUGAGUAGAAUUGCGUCUAUGUCAAAUACGGCAGUACAUUCUGUUUAUCGAGGUCGUAAACGAAAAUGCAUCGAAGAGGAUGAUUUCGAUUCUGAAUCUGAAUACAUCGAUCGAACACUUCAAACGCCUAAAAAGAGAAAAUUACUUACAACCGCACAAUAUAUAUAUAAGACUUUGUUUCAAGAAGAGAAAGGAAGUGAUAUAACUGUGCUCAUGUUAGGAAGAGCAUGGAGAUUACAUAAAGUUUAUAUUAGUCAAAGUCCAUAUUUUGCAAGUAUGUUUUCUGGAUCCUGGAGAGAAGCAAAUGAAACUGUAAUUAGCGUUGAAAUUGCUGAUCCUAAUAUCACAUUAGAUUCUCUUUUAACAGUAUUAGGAUCAUUUUACCAAGACGAAGUCAGCUUAGAACCAAAAGAUGUCAUUUCAAUUUUAGCUACAUCUACUUUAUUUCAAUUACAAGGAUUGAUCGAUCAAUGCACCGAUAUUAUGAUUGAAACUACAAACAUUAAAACUGUUGUUCCAUAUUACAAUGCAGCGGUUUCAUAUGGUGUACCUGCAGUUAAAAUGGCUGCUAAAAGAUGGUUGGAAGUUAAUUUGUUAGGAUACGGAUGGUUACAUCCAACAUUUUUACAAGAAAUUACUCCAGAUUUAAUGGCAGAAUUAAUUGUUAGUCCAGAUUUGGUGGCUAUGCAAACAGAAUUUUGUAUAUAUAUGAUGCUACGUGUAUGGCUGUUUGUACAUCUAAAGAAUAGAGAUGAGACAGUAGAGAUGGAUGAAUACUUUAGAAACCAUACAUGGACAGAACCUUUUCUAACGACAGAGGAAGGCAAAGAAUAUGCAACUCCUUUCAAAGCUUUAAGAAUGAAAUAUCUACUUUUACAUGAUCAAGAUGUUAAAAUUUUAUACAGUGAUGAUUUAAUACCUCCUAGUUGGUUACAUGAUGCAUAUAAAGAACAAUGGUUACAUUUAUUAAGAAUUGAUGCUAGCAAAGAUAAAGGACCUAAACAAAUGAGUGAGAAAGAAUUUUAUCAAGAAUGUUUUCGAUGUGGCCGAUGUGUUGAGAAACCCGGUGAACAUAUCUGGAGAUGGACAGCAUUUCAUUUUGGAUUGGAUCUUGUUGUAUGUUUAGAUACUACAACUUUGCGUAUCAAACGAAAUCACAGAUUAGAUACAGAUCAUAUUAAAGCAAAUCAUAAUAAACAUAAUAUUAUUUUAAAGGUAACAUUGAUUUCAUUGGAUGAACAACGGCAAAUUAAACAUAUUCAAUCUUCCGGAAUGCUUAGGUUAUCGCUACACAAAAAUGAAGAGAAACAAGUAAUGUCUCUGGAUAAACAAUUAACGUAUCCUUUGUACAUAUCUGUUAAUAUGCAAGUAGUAACACCAUUUUUAUUUAAUGAGGAAGAGAAAUUAAAUGAUGUUAUGCUUGUGGAUACUUAGCAGUUUAAAGAGAUAAACAAAAUAUAUGAGAAAAUGGGAAUUGAAAGGUGCUUUCAAUAAUGCUGACUAUAAAAUCACGAUUUUGUAAGUCUAUGGGUUUGUGGUUGAGAAUAUUUGAGUUUCAUUUUCAAUAAGAUUCUUCUAAUCUUCUAAUCAUCUAAUUAUAAUUAUUGAAAAUUGAGUGCUUUUUAGAUAUUAUAAAUUUAGUAUUAUGGUAUUUUUCUGGUCGGACCAAAGUGCUGUGUAAAUUUUAACUUGCAUUUAUACAUCAAAAUUAUAGCGUAAAUAUGUCACUUAAAGUUACUUAAAUACUUUCCUUUAACUAUAAAAUUUACUUAAGUAUUAGUUGAUCAAGAAAAAUCGUACAUUAAUAUUCGCGCAGAAAAAAUAUAUUCGUUUCUUAAAAUGAAGUUAAAUAUAAUUUAGCAGGUAUAGGAAGUUAUUUGCUAUUUUGUAAAAUGCAAAUAAUCAUUUUUAUAAUUGCACAAUUCACUCGAUUAUUCGUUGAGAUAAAGACUUCGUUAUAGCUAUUAAUUAUAUAUAGGAAAUGUAAAAGUUGCUACCAUUUUAUUGGUCAUUUUACCAGGUAAUUUUUACGUUCAUAAUCGGUAUAAAAUCACUCUUGAACAUGGUCAUGCAAAGUUAAUUUUAAUCUUGAUAAUUAAAGUCUUACUUUUUUUACUAUAUCAAAAAUUUUAUUUGUCUAACAUCAAUAUCAAAUUUACGACUGUUUAAGAAUAUUCAUUGCCAACGAUGCACUGAAAAAUUACCUGAUAAUGUAAUGAGAAAAUUUUUACACAUCCUGUAUGUAUAAAUCUGUCUAUGAAAUAAUUCUAAUACAUUGAUGAUACACUGCUAAAAUGCAUUAUACAUUAAUUUUGUAUUAAUGCAGUACCAAGAAAUACAUAUAAAAAGUUUGACAUUUCUUU